UAGUAUCGUUGGCUGAAUCUGACCGAGAAGCUUGCCGAACCGACCGGAGACGAGUCGUCGGGCGAGCUGGAGAUCUUGAUUGUGCUUCUUUCGGGGUCUGGCCUGUUGGCCGGCUUUCUCUGUCGCCUAGGUAAAUAAGAAAAAAAGAAGAAGGAAACGCUCUAGAAUGUCAAAUUCUGCCGGCUCGGACAUGGAUGCCGGGAGCGAAGAUGAGGCACCCUGCGACGUCGCGAGUCCGUCUCCGCCCGCGUCGCCGGACUCCAACAACAACAGCGAAGGUCGGAGGAGUCCGGCGGGUUCGGACAAUGAGGGCAGCGGCUCACCGGCGCAGCAGAGCGACGCCGAGGACGAGGACAGCAAGGCCCGGGACUCUGAAGAGGACAACAAGGCCCGGGACUCGGACGCCGAGAGUAAGAACACGGACAAUGACGACAGCGGCAAAGGGGACGAGGGGAGCGCCUCCGGUGGGGAGGGCAACGGGUCGGAGAGCGAGCACGAGGAGCGCAGCUCUCCCACCUCCCCCGUCGCCGAGCGGGCGGGAGAUGGAUCCGGAGACGAGGAGCCAAGGGAGGAAGACAGAGAGGAUGGUCGUGUGAGCAGCGAGAGCAGCGCUUCCGGUCAGCAGGAGGGGGGCGAAGAGGCCGACCAGAUGGACGCGUCUAAGAAUGACGAGCAGGAUGACAGCAAAUCUGCCGCAUCAUGCCACGACAGUGCCCCUGCCAGCCCUUCUCCGUCAGACACGGGAGCCGCUGAAAAGAGCAGCGCACCUUCUUCGCCUUCCAAGAAAGGCUCGGAAGAUGAGGGAGAAGCGUCGGAAAAGGAGGACGGAAAGGGCGGUUCCGAGAAGGAGGAAGAAAAGGAUGAUUCUGACAAGGAGGAGGAAGAGGAGGAAAACAGCGAAAAGGAGGACAGCGAUAAUGAAUCAAAUGUGGGCGAGCUGAUUGCCGACAUCUUUGGCGAAAGCGACGACGAAUCUGAAUUUGAGGGAUUUGGCAAAGAAGACUUGGUGAGCCCCAGGAAGAAGGACAAGGCACGGAAAGCACGAAAAGUUCUGUCGGACAGCGAGGAUGAAGACGAAAACAAGGAAAAGGAGAAGGCGGCUUCAGAGGACGAAGACAGAGUGGACGACGAGGAGCGAGAGAAGGAAGAGGAUGUUUCUGUUGAGCAGAACGAUGACGAGGUGGGCGAAAGCGCUGACGUCGUUCAGGAGCCCGCUUCCGCACCCGUGCCAGACGCCUCCAGUUCGGACGACGAGGUAGACGACAACAGACGUGGGCGGAAUUCAGACUUCAUGUCGGACUUUGAUCUGAUGAUGGCCAAGAAGAAAGAGGAGAGCUCCCGGCGUAGGAGGCGGAAAGACGUGGACAUCAUCAGCGACACCGACGACAUCAUUGCGGAGAUCAUCAAGGAAAUGAAAGCUGCCGCGGAGGAGGACAAGGAACUGAACCUUACCAAGCGUGCUGCCACCAAGAAGCUCAAGUUCCUGCCAACGGUAGUGUCUCAGCUGAAGAAGAUGGACCUGAAGGUGGCCUUCCUGGACCAGGGGGUGCUGCACGUCAUGGCGGAGUGGCUGUCCCCACUGCCGGACAAGAGCCUGCCCCACUUGCAGAUCCGCGAGCACAUGCUCCGUCUCCUCGGAGAGUUUCCCCCGCUGGACCAAGGGUUCCUCAAGUCGAGCGGGAUUGGCCGGGCUGUGAUGUACCUCUACAAGCACCCGAAGGAGAGCAAGGAGAAUCGGGAAAGGGCGGGCAAGCUGAUCAACGAGUGGGCGCGGCCCAUCUUCAACCUCAACACAAACUACUCCUCCAUCUCCAAGGAGGAAAGAGAGCAGAAGGACUUCGAGAGGAUGCCCCAGAAACGAAAGAUUAGGUUGGAAUCUUCCGAUGAACCCCCUGCCAAAAAGGACAUAGACAAGGCCUUGACGGGAGAAGACAAGUCUUUGAGGCCCGGCGAAAAAGGCUGGAUAGCAAGGGCUCGGGUACCAACGCCAUCCACAAAGGACUAUGUGGUUAGGCCAAAGUGGAAUUGCGACACGGAGUUUGUCAAGAACACCAAGAAGACUGUGACAAGGUUGGACAGGCACAUGAGGCAGUUCCAGGAGAGGAAGAAGAAGAUGAAAGCACAGAGGGCGGUCACCAUCAGCAUAGAAGGGAGGAACAUGUCUCUGUAGCCUCGGCACCGCAGUCUGCAGCACCGGUUUUUGGUGUGCCAACCUAGGGACUGCGUGCAGACAUUAAAACACUGUACAAAUUGUG